AUGUCGUUGAGCGGAGCGAGUGCGAGCGCGGCGGCCAAGCAGCGGCACCAGGAGCAGCGGCGAGCUGACACGAGCGCGCUCGCUGAUGCGGCGAGGGGGCAGAGGCAGAUGCCCGAGCUGCCGCCGUACGUGCCAGAAUUCGACCUCGCGUUCAUGUCUCAGAUGCUGGGCGUUGGAGCCGUCCGGUCGGAGCGAGAAGACCCAGCCACUGGCGACGACGAGACGAUCAUGCAGGAGGCCGCCGUCGCCGGUGCGCUGGAGGGUGCCGACAACGCGCUUGCAAACUCGCGUGCGAGGGUGGAUCAGCUUUACGAACUGGUCAGGGCGAGCGAGGGAGGAGCGGCGGUGCGCCGCAUGGGCGAGGCGCCGAAGGCGCCCACUCUGAAAACGCAUUCGGCCGUUGCUGUCGCGUUCCGUGCGUUUAGCCGCUUUCUGGAGGGGAGACCGUCGGACGCGCGGAUGAUGAGCGCAGAGCUUAGAUAA